AUGACCAACGAUUCUCCGGAGGGGGAGAUCCGAGCUCUGGGCGGCGGAGGAGGAGGCAGUGGAAGAGGAGGAAUCGCACAAAGGAGCCGAGCGGACGACAAUGUCACCAUCCUGACGUCCUCCGUGGAUCUCCUCCGAGCCGGCCGCAGCAGAGCCAGCAGCGAAGCCGCCCCGAGCCUCGCGUCCUCCGUGGACCUGAGCACCUCCUCCAUGGAGCUGAGCAUCCAGACGCGCAUCUUCAAGAUCAUCGUCAUCGGCGACUCCAACGUGGGCAAGACCUGCCUCACCUUCCGCUUCACCGGGGGAAGUUUCCCCGACAAGACCGAGGCCACCAUCGGCGUGGAUUUCAGGGAGAAGGCGGUGGAGCUCGAAGGCGAGACCAUCAAGGUGCAGGUAUGGGACACAGCAGGACAGGAGCGCUUUCGUAAGUCCAUGGUGGAGCACUACUACCGCAAUGUCCACGCAGUGGUCUUUGUGUAUGACGUCACAAAGAUGACUUCCUUCCGCAACCUACAGCAAUGGAUAGAGGAGUGUAACGGCCAUCGGGUCUCAGCAUCAGUACCUCGAGUCCUGGUUGGAAACAAGUGUGACCUUGUGGACCAAAUACAGGUGCCCUCAAAUACGGCACUGAAGUUUGCUGACGCUCACAACAUGCUGCUGUUCGAGACGUCGGCCAAGGACCCGAGGGAGAGUCAGAACGUGGACUCUAUCUUCAUGUCUCUGGCCUGCCGUCUGAAGGCCCAGAAAUCCCUGCUCUACAGAGACGUGGAGAGAGAGGAUGGGAGAGUGCGACUCACACAACAGACUGAGACGAAGAGUAGUUGUCCUUGUUGA